AUGAUCCUCUGUUAUGAGCAAGUAUCAAGCAAACCGUGUAUUUGGUGGUUGAAAUAUUCACAAUAGAGUGAUGAAACCUAAUUAUUGGCUGAAAAUAGAAGGGGAAAAUAUAUUGAAGUCAUUCUACACAUUGGUUUACGGUUAGAUGGAUUCUCUGCAACUGGGAUGCACCUAGAAAUCUUUGUCGGAAUAACACGGAGCACAGCGAGUGCUGUUAUUCAUGCAGUCUCAGACUAGGAGGAUUAUUUCGUCUGGGUAGCGACCUAGCUAGUGAGCUAGCACGCUAAUGUUGACUUCCCAGAGGUUGGUUCACUGGCUGGCCGGUACGCGUGAGCUGUGCCGUCUACAAAGGGCAAGAUAACUUUUACAAUAAUCCUUGUCCCACGAAGAAGCAAGCUGCAGACUUCCUAAAUAAGCGUUAGCUAGCCUUCAAGCUAGCUAGCUAGCAUCUUUUCACAGGACUGUUUCAUACAAGUAGCUAGCUGCUCUACGAGCUAGCUACCACCCCCACACGACAUCGACGACAGGAAAAAACAGACGGACAUGUCGUCCACGACGCCAGCCGGACCCCCGUCAGUGGACCACGUGGACGGCUUCACGCGCAAGUCGGUGCGGCGGUCCCGGCAGAGACGGGCACAGAGCUCCUCGCAGUUCCGCUCCCAGGACAAGCCCAUCGAGCUCACCCCCUUACCGUUGCUCAAAGAUGUGUCUGCGCAGGAGCAGCCGGAGCUGUUUGUCAAGAAGCUGCAGCAGUGCUGCACGCUGUUCGACUUCAUGGACACGCUGUCCGACCUGAAGAUGAAGGAGUACAAGCGCUCCACGCUCAAUGAGCUGGUGGACUACGUCACGGUCAGCCGCGGGUACCUGACGGAGCAGACAUACCCUGAGGUGGUCAAGAUGGUGAACUAUAACAUCUUCCGGACUCUUCCGCCCAGUGACAGUAACGAGUUUGACCCCGAGGAAGACGAGCCCACACUGGAGGCCUCUUGGCCUCACUUACAGCUGGUCUAUGAGUUCUUCAUUCGCUUCCUGGAGAGUCAGGAGUUCCAGCCCAGUGUGGCCAAGAAGCACAUAGACCAGAAGUUUGUCCUGCAGCUGUUGGAGCUGUUUGACAGUGAGGACCCGCGCGAGAGGGACUGCCUGAAGACCGUGUUGCAUAGAAUCUACGGCAAGUUCCUGGGCCUGCGCGCCUUCAUCCGAAAACAGAUCAACAACAUCUUCCUCUGUUUUGUCUAUGAGACGGAGCACUUCAACGGGGUAGCAGAGCUGCUGGAGAUCCUGGGCAGCAUCAUCAAUGGCUUCGCUCUGCCCCUGAAGGCGGAACACAAGCAGUUCCUGGUCAAAGUCUUACUGCCACUGCACACUGUCAAGAGCCUCUCGCUCUUCCACGCACAGCUGGCCUAUUGUAUUGUACAGUUCUUGGAAAAGGACCCAGAAUUAACAGAACCCGUAAUCAAAGGCUUGCUGAAAUUCUGGCCCAAAACCUGCAGUCAGAAAGAGGUGAUGUUCCUGGGGGAGCUGGAGGAGAUCCUGGAUGUGAUCGAGCCCACCCAGUUCGUCAAGAUCCAGGAGCCGCUCUUCAAGCAGAUCUCCAGAUGCGUCUCCAGCCCACACUUCCAGGUGGCGGAGCGUGCCCUGUACUACUGGAAUAACGAGUACAUCAUGAGUCUUAUUGAGGAGAACUCCAACGUCAUCCUGCCCAUCAUGUUCGCUAGCCUCUACCGCAUCUCCAAAGAGCACUGGAACCCGGCCAUCUCGGCAUUAAUCUACAACGUGCUCAAGGCCUUUAUGGAGAUGAAUAGCAACUUGUUUGAUGAGCUCGCUGCCACCUACAAAGCAGACCGCCAGAGGGAAAAGAAGAAGGAGAAGGAGCGUGAGGAGUUGUGGCGCCAGCUGGAGGAUCUGGAGCUGCGGAGGGCCAUCCAGAACAGCGACGCCACAAGCAGCGCCACCCCCGUCAUCGCCACCUAAGACCCCCCCCCUCCACCUCUUAACAACAACACAUCCACACCGCAAACCCCCCCACGCCAAUAUCCAACACCACCCUCCAAUCCCCCGCCAACCUCCAAAAGCAACACCCUCCACAUCUCAACCUGAAACGCAGCGCCACCCCCGUCAUCGCCACCUAAGUCUCCCCCACCAAUUAUCAACCAACACCACCUUCGACAUCCAUACCACCCACAACCCGGCAACCUCCAACAGCACCUCCACAUCCCCACCUAGCAGCUGUCACCAACAACAGCAACCCCCCUCACAUCCAACAGCCAAUAGCAACCCCCCUCACAUCCAACAGCCAAUAGCAACCCCCCUCACAUCCAACAGCCAAUGGCCCACCAAUGCCACCAGGUCAUCAGCAGCAGCAGCAGCAGCAGCAUUAGUAUCACCACCCCACCAACACCAGCACUGACACAUGGCAUCCCCUCAUCGCGCACACACACACACACACACACACACACACACACACACACACACACACACACACACACACACACACUUGAACAUGUCCAUCCUCCUCCUCCUCCUACUACGACUACUCCUCUUCUCUUUUAUCUUCUCCUGUCCUACACCUCCUCCACCAUAUCGUUCCUCUUUCUGCACCACACGGCUCCUCCUUCCUCUGCUGCCAAGCUCACGGGGGGUUGGAGGGUGGAGGAUGAAUGGGGGGGGAAAACACACCCACACUCACACACACCCCUUUUAAUUUACUGUAGAGCUCUACUGCACUUACUCACAACCCUCUCUUAAUCCUCGAACCACCUACAAAUACCCACACCAACCCCCUUUUUAUUUUUGUGUCUCAAUGUAACUGUAAAUAUUGUUAUCCUUUUUUGUUUUCUCCUCCUGAUGACAACUACACUGAAAGGAAAAUUAAAAUUACCAAAAAAAGAAGGAACAACAAUACAAAUCAACAAAUGACUUGGAUGAAAUAUUAACUGUGUAUACCUGUGGGAAGAGACUUGAAAUGCACUCUAUUUUGGGUUUCUGUUAUUCUACCGUUUUGUUUUUUUUGGAGAUUGAAAAAAAAAAAAAAAAGAGUGAAAUGACGAAUGAUUUUACAAUGAGAAGAUGAUAAGCCUGAUGGAUGGAUGGAUGGAUGUGGGGAUUGGCUCUCACUGGCUUUUUUUGCUGUUCUGUUUUUUUUUUUUUUUCCUCGAUCUUCGCUCUGUUGUCUUUUGUUGACUUGUUUGCAGUGAAAGGGACAGUAGUAAAAAAAAAAAAACACCUCCUUUCUUCGAAGCCAGCAGCUACAAAGAGUUUCGUGAGGUUAUUUUUUCGCUCACCAAUUCUCCAAAAGGCUUUAUGACGAGGAGUUAUUGUUGUUUGUUUUGUUUCUUUGUUUUUUAAUACAUGCAACCUCUCCAGGACACCAAGGGAGUGGGAUCGGGUUAAAAAGAAAGGAUGAAUUGAGGACAUCAAAGAGGAGGAGGAGAGGAAAAUAAGAAGAAAAUAAGAAAUUCAAUUCCUUUAAAAAAAAAAAAAAGAAAGAAAGAAAAUAAAUCUCUCCUCCUGUACUUGACCAGUCGCGGCAGCCACACACUCUUCCCGUGUCACCUGAUCCGACCUCACCUCACCUCACCUCAUCUCACCACAACACAACACAAUCUUUUGUACACAACACAAACCAGCAUUUUUCAUCUUCCUCCAGAAACCUCCAGACCAAUAGCACUUGUCUCUGCACAGUGACUCCCUGCCUCCCUGCCUCUCUCCCCUACUACUUCUCCUGCCCCUCUCUCAGUCUCCACUACACCUGUUGCUUGCUGCUAGUCAGGCACUGGCAUGGGCACGGGCACUUGCAACCUUCCCUUUUUCACACGCAACCUUCUCCCUGUACCAGCUUUCAAGGAAGGAAGGAAGAAAGGCUGGAAGCAAAAUGUGUGACUUGGAAAAAAAAAAAACUUUGAGACAUUCAAGUUCACACACACACACGGCCCCCUGCCUCCACACCCCCCGCUGUCUUCUCCCACCACCUUUUGAAGGAGUUUUAUUUUUCUAUAUGUAUUAGAGUUGGGAUGACUACAUAACUAGGCAGAGACCUUCUUCUUUGUUCUAACAUGUUAAUCCUUCUCCCGUUGUGUGUGGUGGUGAUGUACACAAUAAGCUCUGGAGUGGCCCCGUCCCCUCCCACAGCGCCUUCUCACCAGAUGGGUGGCGCUGUUCAGAAACGUGGGACGCAUCGCUGACUCUUUCAAGCCAGGUGGAAGAGUGAGACAAUUUCACUUCUCUUCAGUUUCUUCCCCCCCUUCUUCUGAGAUGGAUUUUUUUUUUUUAAAGCCCCGAGUCCUACAUAUACAGUAGGCUCUCUGUUGACUGACUGACUGGUCAAUAUGUGACCAGGCCACGCAGGCUUGCAAAUGGCUCUCGGCUACCUGACUUGAGAGUUGGACCAGUCUAGUCUGGUCAGUCUGCUUGAUUGGUAUCCCUUUACGAAGACGCCCUUCAGUGGACUAUGAGAGAGGUAGAAGAUGGUAUGGUGUGUGGGGGGCGGGGGACUACCUACAUACCUACCUACCUGGACCGUGACCUUCCCUGCGUUUGAAGAUGGCUGCUGAGGUUCCUAAACUACAUUCAAAGAAAAAAAUGUACAAGAACGAAAUAAACUGCCAGGUGCCAGUCUUCUUUUUUUUUUUUUUUUGAGGAAGCGUAUAUGGGCAGCACUUACUUAUGGUAUCCAGCGUAUUUCAGUUUUGUUUUUGUUUCUGUUUUUGUUUUGUCUUUUCCCUGAAGGAUGUGGUGGUUUCAAGGGAGAAAAAAAGGAUUUAUUUUAUUUUGUCUUGUUAUAUAUUUUUUUUUGUAACAGAGUGUGCGUGCGUGUGUUUCCCCACUCCAGCUGAGUUCUCAGUCUUACUACGCUCCCUGUCUCCGUAGCUCAGCCAACCACCCCACCACCACCACCCAACUUUUCAACUUUUUUCUUUUCUUCUCUUUUCUUUUCUUCCCCCCAUCAUUCAUUUUGCUGUUUUGUGAUGGCCCUGGUUUCAUAUGAUUUAAAUAUGAUGAAAAUAAUAAUGAAAAAAAGAUUUUAAAGGGUUGGAAGUGCAAAAGCAAAAUGGAAAAAAAUAUUUUAAAAAGUCAAGAAAUAAGAAAUAAAAACUUGUUUUGCGAUAAAAAGGUGUCCUUAGUGUUGGUGUGUGCGGUAAAAGAUGUUUUAGGUUUUUGUGUCAAAUGUGCAUUGUUCGCUUUCUGUCACAGGAGGGCAGUAGAGAGGAUGUGUUAAGAGGAGUGCACUGUUCAACUUUCACUGUGCAUGCAUUUAGCCACUUCUAUGCAGCAAGCAUACACCCAUGGAAUUUGAACACCAUUUGUGCCUUUCUAAAAUCCACAUUUAAGAUGAUUCAAACGGAGAUAUUAAAACAGUUUGUUGGCACAUUGUGCUCAUGAUGGACAUAAUGCUAUAUAAAUAUCAAUAUCUUAGAUGGCAGCCCAGAUUUGCUGUUUUUAACUACAUUGUACUUUGAGAGGGAUUCAGUUCUGGUAAAUUAAAAGUAAUUUCAUAGUAGCAGCCUUUCUGAA